AUGACCGAGCAUAGCGAAUAUCGGCCUGCUCUAGGCCUCGCUGUUACCCUGGGGGCCCUGUACGAUGCCCGCUCAGACAGGGUUCUUGGUCAAUCACUUCUCAAAACCGGGACUCUUCCAACGGGGCUUAUUAUCGAGCAAGACCUGCCCAGCCAGAUGUACCGUCGCGUCGCGACAAACUCUCUAGAGGAAAAGUUCCAGAAUCUUGAAAUUUCGUCCGAGCUGGGUAUUAGCAUUUUGUGCGGAUUAAUGACUCCAAGUUGGGGAGCGAAGUACCUAUCAAAGAGGACGUCUAGCAAUAUUCUCCAAGAGGCGUCUGCAGUUUGCAGUUUGAGAGUACGAUAUGACAAGCUACAUCUUGGUGAGGAAUUGCUACCUCACAUAAACAUUGGCGCAUUUGACUCUGAAGAGGCUACGCAUGUCGUUUGGCAAAUCGAGUGGGGUGCCCAAGUCGUUGUCACAGCUCGACAGGAGGUCCGGGAUAGGAGUGAUGGGUCUGACUUGUCUGGGAGGUUGAACACCAAUCGCCGGGACGCCAAAGACUCCUCGGACAUGUCGGAUCGCAAUGGAAUUGCCCGUCGAAUUGUUCACAACAUUGGCCAGUCAGGUUUGUCUAUUGAUGGUAUAUCUCAGUCAGAUCUCAAAUCUAUGUCAACUUCAUUUGACUUCGAGGUUAUCGCUCGAGGCGUCGGAAACGAGAACAUUCCUCACGACUUUGAAGGGGUCUCCGAUUUCGUGCGGGCUAUUCCGUCGCAUGUCAGCACCGUCAAUGAUGGGAAGGGUGUUCCCAUUGCGAUCCAUCUGCUACCGAUCUCCGAACUUGCCAAGUCUUUUAAUUUACAGUUGGCCAAUACAAGGAUCCUCCAGUCUCUAGACAAGACUGCCGUUGACCGAGCUCUCGAGAGGUUGAUGGAUUGGGCAAAAGUAAUCGGAAACCUUUCGAAUUACUUCGACCUCCUCGAAAAGCACGAAUUUUGCAUUCCAGGCCAUCAAAUAUACAAGGCCAGGACAAAGAAAAGACACGCAGAGUCGGACGAGGAGUCCUUUAAGGCAGAUUUGAGGGCUGUAAUCAUCGACAUCCGCAACGGCUCGAAGGGGACGGAAGCCCUCCAGACCCUGCUUCAACAGACGGGUAACAACGAUGAAUUCGAAAAAUACAAUUCUAUUACAAAUGAGUAUGUUGGAAAGAUUGCCUUCGCCAAUGAGGUCAAGGCAAAGGGGGCAGCGUACUUGAAGACCACUAUUAAGUCAUUGAAUGAAGUCAUUAUGCAGCAUGACAACGAUGACUUGUACAUUCUCUACUUCAGUGAAGCGGGGACAAAGGCUCCCAGCUGGGCCCUUAACCGAAAAGUUCUAUUUGACCUCCUCGACGAACCGCCCCCCAACUCACAUGUUCUUGUCGUUGAUCUCGAUUCCGAUAGCUCCAGCAGCUCUGAAAUAAACUCUGAAGAGCCAAGGAUAGAGCUUCGCCGUGAUGGAAAUGUUAUCAUCAAUGACGUGAAAAAGGGUCUCGAAGAACUACAAGGAAAAGAUCUUAUCAAAUGUGCCGAAUCCCGGCUCCGAAAGCCACUGACGGCCCCUCCGCCUCCUGGAAGACGAAUUCUGAGGGUUCUAUGUCCUGGGGAGUAUUGCUACGGGAGACUUAAAUCUACGUGGAUCUGUCCGCAAUGUCGGGAACUCGUAGCCUACGAACAUGGUGAUAAGCACCUGUAUUGUAGCUGCAGUCGGUAUCCAGCAGCUCUUGCAACAUUUAAGUGUGCUUACACGGGGCAUGGUGCAAAGUUUGUGAGAUACGGGGACGAUGAGCAUCUGGAAGAUCAACUCAAGACUCUUGAUCCUGAUGAAGAGUACGAUAUCCUCCUCCUAGGAAGGUCUGGUAUCGGAAAGUCAAUGUUCAUCAACAGCUUUUCUAUGUACAAUCAGUUUGCAACACUGGAUGAGGCAAUUGCCGAUCACGAGCCGAUCAAAUAUCCAAUCCCAUUCUACUUCACAUUUCAGAAUGAGGCUGAAGAAGACAAGGAACUUGCUUAUGGUGAGGAAACCACAAGCGAGAAGUUCUCUGGCGAGGGCCAAUCCUCCACGAGAAAGACCAAGUUCUACAACUUCAACAUCAAAGGCAGGAGAUUCCGAUUCAUUGACACGCCCGGAAUUCUAGACACCAGCGGCCUCGAUCAGGACCGUCUGAACCUAAAAGACGUCUUUGAGGCUCUGGAAGAACUCCAAAAACUGAACGCCGUCAUACUCCUUCUGCACCCGAAUGAGACUCGGCUGGAUGCAAGCUUUAGGUUCUGCAUCACAGAACUACUCAGAAGCCUGCAUAUAGACGUGGCAAACAACAUUUUAUUUGGCUUUACAAAUGCCAGUAGCACCAACUUUUCACUUGGUUGUACGUCAGCUCCUUUAGAUCACAUGCUCAAAGAGCUAGGGAACCCAAUAUCAAGGCGACCAGAUAACCAGUUUUUCUUCGAUGCAGGAGGCUACAAGUUCCUGGCACAUUGCAAAAAGGGUUUCAAAAUGUGGCCACGCAAGGAGCAAUAUGAUUUCAUGUGGCAAGAAUCCGUCAAGCAGUCUGAUAAGCUCAUGCUGGCCGUCAUGCGGCUUCCGCCCCACGACCUUAAGAAGACUUUGCGACUGAAUCAAGCACGAGCGUUUUUUGAUGCAAUGGCGAAGCCCCUGACACAAUUUCUGGCUGCUAUGGAGAAGUCUAAGGCUGAUCUCGACAAGGCAAAGCGAGAUCUUGAUGAACUUGACACGAAGGGGCAGAAUCUUCAAAACAAGCUCGCCAAACUCAAAGUAAAAAUAACCAUACCUGUACGGCAAGACUCAAAUUGUAAGCGGACAGUCUGCUCCAACGAGGCCUGCAGCAGUCAGGUCCGUGACGCCGAUGGCAAGAUGUGCACAAAGUAUAAUCGCCCUUGUCACAUGUAUUGCGACAUUAACGCGCCCGAUGAGAUUGUUGGACACCAGUCACUGAAAAGUUGUAACCCUUUUUUGAGUUGGUCUCUAGUCCCAGGAAACGAUUGUUCUAAAUGUGGACAUAAGUGGGAAGAACAUAUGCGAGUCUCUUACGUGCUCCGUGAUGAAGAGCGAGAGAUCAACGACCCAAAUACUGUAACCAAGAUCAAGAAUAACGAGAAGGCUAAGGAAGCGAUCAAAGCAAAGUCUCAAAAGUGCACCAACACAAAGAUGGACAUAGAACGCGAGCAGAUGCAGAUUUACAAAACGCGCGCUCAGAUUGGUGUAUACCUGGAAAAGAACUCGAUCGGGGGCGAUUAUAUCGACAACAGUCUCGGCCAUUACGACUUUCGUAUUGAGAUGAUGAGGCGAGAAGGCCAACGUGCCGAAGCUGCUCGGCUGGUGGAUCAGCGCGCCAUGUACGAGGAUAUGCUGAGAUCACUGCGAGACGAGGUCGAGAAACGUACGGUUGAGUGCCCUAGUGAAGAGAGUAUAGAAAAGGCCAUCGAACAGCUUGAAGAGAUGCCAAUAUUUGGCAAGGACCUAAAGAAGUGUCUUGAAGAAGAUCGUGUCGUUUGGGAUGGAGAAAGGCACGUAAACGUGUCGACUCCACAGUCCAGGACAAGGGAAAGGGCUUUCUUUAACGCCUUGAGUUCGAUUUGGUAA